AUGGAUGGUGAACAAGUUUCAGAUCGAGAGGACGCACAGAUGCAUAGAACUGUCGAGAUGUCCGAGCAUUUUGACAAGCUUUUGACGAUGUACUGGACGAUAAGAAAUAACGGCUAUCUCAAGGAAAUGACCAUCGAGAUAAUGUUGGGUCGGUUGGACAUCGAGUGCUCACGCCCUAGCAUAUCCAAGAAUUUACCGGCAAAGAUAUUGUGCAAUUGCUUCAUCGAUAUGUCUUCCAACUACCGCAAUUGGUCCGAGAAAGGAGGUGGUAAAGUUGCCAUCGAUUUGGCGAUUUCAGCUCUCGAAGUGGCGGCUUCUAUCGCCGUCAAGUGUCUAUCAGGAGAUAGAUGCAUAGCUCGAUAUAUUCCCAUCCUUUUUUCGGACCUCGCAUCACUCCAUUGUUAUCGAUUUUACAAACUUGGAAAUCGAGAAGAUAUCGAAAUAGCUAUCCAAAUAGCUGAAGGGGCCACUGUUCUUCCACUGAUUACUGCCAAGGGCAAAACUGUGUGUAACCUAAAUCUUGCGGAAUUAUACUACGCUAGAUUUCAUAUUUUAGGGCGCCAAAAGGAUCUUCAAAAAAGUAUUCAAUCCAUGAAGGAAACUUUAGCGUGUCUUUCGAUUGAUACCUCACUCAGAGAUUAUUGUCUCUCUCGUCUUCAGAUUUACUAUCUUAACAGAUUUAUGAGGUCGGGGGAUAGAAAAGAUUUCCAAAGGGCCCUAGAAUUGGUGCAGGAAGCGUCCCUAAUGACAUGGAAUAACGACCCACUGAUUUUAAAUAUGCUAAUUUGCAUUAAAGAAGUUUUCGAUAGCUUUGAUCAUAGCAUAUUUGGCCAAUUCGGGGACCCAAGUAAUAGUGGAGAUACCUUUCAAGUCCAAGUCGCAGAGCAGGCCGUGGCCGCGACACCGGAAAACUGUCCAUCUCAUGUUCAGAAACUGCUCUUACUCGCUUUUGCCUAUGAUAAUAGGUUUUCGUCACUAAAGGAUAGGGCGGAUUUGCAAAGGGCUAUACAGACGUUAGAGAAGGCCGCUUCUCUUAUUCCAACAGGAGAAGGGGUACCAGCUCCCGUUUUAAGUACCUUAUCUUGUCAAUAUGAGAGAUGGUUUCAAUUUGGUGGAUUAGAAAAUCAAGAAGAUCUCUGGAAGGUGAUGGCUUGCAAUAGGGAGCUCUUUACGAAUUCAAGCAGAUACACACCGCUUGAAUCAAGGAUACUGAGCGGGGUCAGACUUUGCAACUUAUAUCUUCAAUGUGGAGCCAAUUGCGAAGCAGCCGAAGUUAUGGCCGAGAUAAUUGCUCUUUUGUCUCAGAUCACUCAGGGAUCCCUCGAUCGCCGUGAUCACGAAUACCUACUUUCCCAGACUACUCACCUUUCUUGUGCCGCCUGUUCAUUAUUUCUGGAGGUAGGUAGAUCUGCUACCGAGGCAUUCAGGGUACUUGAAGCUGGGCGGGGGGUGAUGGCUAGCCUCGCGAUUAGAUCCCAAACCAGCGUCUCUCUUCUCGAGGAUAUCAAUCCCCAGCUUCAUAAGCGCUACCAAACACUACGGAAUCAACUUUGCACCGGAACAAACGGUGACGAUCAGCCCAUGCUCGAGUCGAAUCGAGACCCGCGAAUCUUAGAGAUACGCCAACCAUUUUUUAUCGAACGGGAACUCCAGGAAACCGAAGACGAAAUUCGAAAAAUACCUGGAUUCUCUACGUUUCAACUUUCUCUUGGCGAAGAGGAGCUCAAGUCGUUGGCCACAGAUGGUCCAAUCGUGACUUUCAAUAAUACGUCAGAUCGUUGUGAUGCCCUUAUCAUUACUACUGCAGGGGUUGAGGCUCUUCUUUUAGAAGAUCUUGACUCUCGGCACGCCGUACGCCGAAUUACCCGCAUAUCCCAAAUUUCAGGUCGACAUCCAACCAAAUUGGGGGAUAAUAACGACGAAAUGGAAGAUCUCUUGAAAUGGCUCUGGGUUUCGGCUGUAAGGCCAGUACUAGAUCAUCUCGGUUACCUUCACCCGGCUCCAGGCUCUCGAAAAGAUUACAAGUUGCCGCGUAUAUGGUGGAUUACCUGUGGAGCAUUGGGUCUUGCCCCACUUCACGCUGCGGGAAUCUACGGCAAACCUGGAGCUGAAUGCGCCAUGGAUUUCGUCGUUUCGUCUUACAUUUCCACCGCUCAAGCACUGGAUUUUGCGAGAACAAAAUCACGGGCACAACUUGAACAGUCGAAGGAUGCUCAAAAAGAGGCUUUGUUAGUUAGUGCGUCCGAUGAAUACUUGGGCUUCGAAGCAGAAAUCCAAGACAUUCGAGACAUUAUUCAAAAUCAUUGCAAUCCCAUUACGCUACAAGAUGCAUCACGAACAGAUGUCCUACAUCAACUCAAGAGUUCUAAAAUAGCACAUUUUGCUUGUCAUGGAGUUUCUGUUGGGUUUCAAGGAGACCCCGGAGUUCCACGAACAAGCCCAUCGGAUAGCUAUCUGCUUUUGAAAGGAUCUAAAGACGACAUAGACGGGAAGUCCAACGAAAAAAUCACCGUAGCAGACCUCGUCGGAAUAAAAAACCCCAAAGCAAGACUAGCAUACCUCUCCGCCUGCUCGACCGCGAAGAUUUCUCCGGACAAAUUGUCCGAUGAAACCAUAAAUAUUGCAAACGCGUUUCAAUUAGCCGGAUAUCCACAUGUCGUUGGAACGAUUUGGGAAGCAGAGGAUGAGUCUGCGACGAUGAUCGCGAAGAGCUUUUACGAGAAAUUAUGGAAGGGUGACUCUGGACCACAAAGCUUCGAUGUUGCGCUUGCAUUACAUCGAGCGGUAAAAGAGUUGAUGAAUGAUCCGGAAUGGAAGGAUGAUUUUAUUGCAUGGGCACCCUUUGUCCAUAUUGGCGCAUAG